AUGGCUUCAAGCCCUUCUAAUCCACACUCAGGUAGAAUGGAAUCAGAACAAGAAACUGUAAAGGCAAGCUCCACAACUGAAACCCCAACAGGGCAACUCACAUUUCUCAAUAAAGCAGUUACACACAAGCCGAGGUAUUCAUCACUAGAAUGCACUGUACAACAAGUAGAAGAUGUAAAGAUAGUGUUGAAAGUACUACCCAUAUUUGCUUGUACCAUCAUUCUUAACUGUUGCCUAGCUCAGUUGUCAACAUUCUCUGUUGAGCAAGCUGCUUCUAUGAACACAAAGCUUGGUUCUCUAAAGGUGCCACCGUCUUCAUUACCAAUUUUCCCAGUUGUGUUCAUCAUGAUCCUUGCACCAAUUUAUGACCACAUUAUCAUCCCCUACACUAGGAAAGCCACCAAAUCGGAAAUGGGGAUCACUCACCUCCAACGGAUAGGGUUUGGAUUAGUACUCUCUAUAGUUGCCAUGGCAGUGGCUGCUCUUGUUGAAAUCAAAAGGAAAAGGGUGGCUACUCACUCAGGCCUACUUGAUGACCCAACCAAACCACUACCUAUAACAUUCUUGUGGAUUGCUUUUCAGUACUUAUUCCUUGGAUCUGCUGAUCUUUUCACCUUGGCUGGGUUGUUGGAAUAUUUCUUCUCAGAAGCACCAAUAAGGAUGAGAUCAUUGGCCACAUCUCUUUCAUGGGCCUCUUUGGCAAUGGGGUACUACCUAAGUUCAGUUGUUGUGUCUAUAGUAAACAGUGUCACUGGAAAUGGCACCCACAAACCAUGGCUAUCUGGUGCCAACUUUAACCAUUAUCACCUAGAGAAGUUCUAUUGGCUCAUGUGUGUGCUAAGUGGUUUGAACUUCCUACAUUACCUAUACUGGGCCACCAGAUACAAAUAUAGAGGGUCGGGUACUACUAAUUAA